GGGAAUAUGGCAUCUAGCAUCCGUGCUAAACAUGGAUUAUUAAGCAGUAAAACCUCGUUGUAUCACGCUCUUCACAGACAGAUAUCACCCAACAGUGUUUGUAUCCAAAGAGCGGCUGAAAUACAAAGUGUGAGAGCGGCAACUAACGCGAGAGCAGACUCACAAGUCAAUGAAAAGUACUGUCUGGAGCUGGUCCGGACCAGAGACUAUGACGGCUUUUUGUCCUCCCUCCUCCUCCCAGAGGAGGCGCGGCGCUGCUCUUUGGCCCUGAGAGCCUUUAAUGUGGAGCUGGCACAGGUGAAAGACUCCGUUUCCCAGAAGACCAUUGGUUUGAUGCGAAUGCAGUUCUGGAAGACGGCCAUAGAAGAAAUCUACAGAGACGAUCCUCCGAACCAACCAGUCAGUGCUGAGCUGUGGAGGGCUGUGAGGAAACAUGACCUGACAAAGAGGUGGCUGCUGAGGAUCAUAACAGAGAGAGAAAAGGAUCUGGAUGACAAAGCCUACAGAAACCUGCAGGAGCUGGAGGCGUAUUCAGAGAACACGCAGUCGUCCUUGAUAUACCUGCUGCUCCAGUGUUUAGGGUUGAAAGACAUCCAUGCAGACCACGCAGCGAGUCACAUCGGUAAAGCUCAGGGAAUCGUGACGUGUCUUAGAGCGACUCCUUAUCACAGCAGCCGACGGAAAGUCUACCUCCCCAUGGACAUCUGCAUGCUGCAUGGAGCUUCUCAGGAGGACUUCAUCCGAGGCAGCCGGGAGCCGAACGUCCGGGAUGUUGUGUUCGACAUCGCCAGUCAGGCUCACGUACACCUGCAACACGCACGAUCGUUUAGCAGCAACGUCCCAGCAGCUGCCACGCCGGCCUUCCUCCAGACGCUGGUGUUGGAGGACUACCUGCAGAGACUGAGGAGGGCAGAUUUUGAUGUUUUCAACUCCAGUCUGCAGAACAGAAACCCCCUCCUCGCCCUCCAGAUGUACUUCCGCUCCUGGAGGAAAACCUACUGACGUCGGUCCUUCACCUUCUCCUCUUCCUCCUCUUCCUCCUCCUCCUGCAGUGACCCCAGUUCAUCUGCUUCCUCUGAAGGCUGCAGGACUGAAGCCCAAAGACUUCCCGUCUGUGGGGGACUCACUGAAGACCGCAGCCACUGAAUCCUGCCUCCUUAAUAAAACACCACCGACCACAGCAGAGGCAGACCAGAGGUUUCUCAACCUCUGGUCCACACGCCAGCUUUGAGCCUAAAGACACAGACGGCGUUCGGAUUUUAUUUGUGAAUAUAAUAAAAAGUGUAAUAAAUUCAUGAGAUGUUUUAUGCAAGAUUAAAGGAUGAUUUCAGUCUUUUCAGUCCAGUAUUUUCAUAGUUUUAGCCCCGAUCAGUCCUCAUAGUGUUGUGUUCGCCACAAACGACUCGACAAACACAGGGAACGGAAAUUCAGCUGAAACAGGAAGCAGGAAGCCGGGCUGGACCUCGGCGCCGCGCACUGAUUGAUUCUUUCGGGCCGUCACCAGCUCCACCCAUGAUAUUACAGAGCUCUGAUGUCAUCUGGGGCCCAGAUUGAGUAGUUUUAAGGAGCCACAGAGAGUCACUGGAGGAGCGAGGGACCAAUCAGAGAGCAGAACAGAAUGUCAAAAGAUAAUGAGAUGGAAGAUCGACCCAGAGGAAGCAUCAAGAACAUUUUUUUUUUGAUCUGACGGGAUACAAAGCUCACCUGUGGAGAGCUGUUUGAAGUUUCCUGCUGCACGAAUACAUCCGAGUACUCGUACUGGUCCUGCUGUGUGUGUGUGUGUGUGUGUGUGUGUGUGUGUGUGUGUUUAUCCGGAGAUGAAUCGUAUCUUCUGUUUGACAGCGAGGAUGAGCGAUGACUGGGACUCUGAAUGAUGGACUGAAUUAAGCUGAAAUGAAACACAUCAGGUCAGAACCAGAUAACACCGGUUUGUCGUUUGACUGACU